GUGUGUCCUUGGGCAAGACAUCUGGUUUGCCACAGUAGCCAAACCCAAAUAUAUGAGGCUGCUUUGAUAGCCUUAAAUGGAAAGGCCAUUGGAUCAGAAGAGGGUUGUCCCUAUAAAAUUUUGUAAACAGCUAGUACAGACACCGCAGCUAUUUAGUAACUAUCCAGAAACAGUUAACCAUAUGCUUAUAAAAGUGACAGGAUAAAAUCUCUGUGGUACUCUGAUGUGAUAAAAGUCUGAUGUGCUAUCUAAAGAACCCAGCAGGUUACUCUGGGGUUAGUGGUCCUAUAGACCACUACACUGCACUGAUCAGAGAUGGGACACUGAGAGAGGAUGAGCACCAGAAAGCUGUGUUGCAGAGACUGGAUCAGCUGCACAAAAGACUUAGAGGUUACAGCAACACCCCCACAUCCUUCCUUUCCAAGUUUUUCUCAAAACCUAAACCACCAAAGGGCUACUACAUCUAUGGUGAUGUCGGCACAGGAAAAACCAUGGUCAUGGACAUGUUUUAUUCCUAUGUGGAGACAGAGAAGAAAAAGAGGGUCCAUUUCCAUGGCUUCAUGUUGGACGUGCAUAAACGUAUCCAUCGGCUAAAACAAAGUCUGCCAAAGAGGAAAGCAGGAAAAAUGGCCAAAUCCUACGACCCCAUCGCUCCAGUGGCAGAGGAGAUCAGUGAGGAGGCCUGUCUCCUGUGCUUCGAUGAGUUUCAGGUCACUGAUAUCGCUGAUGCCAUGAUUCUGAAGCAGCUUUUUGAGAAUCUGUUCAUGAAAGGAGUUGUUGUCGUUGCCACUUCCAAUCGUCCUCCGGAAGACUUGUAUAAGAAUGGGCUGCAGAGAGUCAACUUUGUGCCUUUUAUUGCUGUCUUGCAGAAACAUUGUGAAACUCUACGGCUGGACUCUGGCGUUGAUUAUCGUAAAAGAAACAGGCCGUCUGCUGGAAAACUUUACUUUCUUUCCAGUGAACCUGAGGCUGAAUUAACUUUAGACAAGAUGUUUGAUGAGUUGGCUUUUAAGCAGAAUGACAUAACACGACCCAGAAUUCUGAAGGUUCUCAAUCGACAAGUUCGUUUAGACAAAGCUUGUGGGACAAUUGUUGACUGCACUUUUGAAGAGCUGUGUGACAGACCUUUAGGGGCCAGUGACUACCUGGAGAUAUGCAGACUGUUUGACACCGUCUUUAUUCGUCACAUUCCACUGCUCACGCUGAACAAAAAAACCCAAGCCCGGAGGCUCAUAACUCUGGUGGAUGCCCUCUAUGACCACAAGGUACGGGUAGUGAUUCUGGCCGACCAUCCCCUGGAGGAGAUAUUUGUGCAGAACGGCGAUCAUCACGGCCAUGAUGAGAGUCACAUUCUCAUGGAUGAUCUGGGACUGAAAAGGGACGAAGCCAGCAGUUUGUCCAUAUUCAGUGGAGAAGAGGAGAUGUUUGCCUUCCAGAGGACGGUGUCCCGACUGACAGAGAUGCAGACAGAGGAGUACUGGCUGGAAGGAGACAGAAGCCUCAAGUCCAAGGUUUAACGGAGGAGGGAACGCUAGACGGUGUUACACAGUGACCAUACAUUCAUACUUGAUACACACUGUACUUCACUCUGCCUACAACAGUCCAGACUGAAACACUACGACUCAUUUUUCACUACAGACGGAGCAGCAAUGCUGCACCCUCUGUGUGUGUAUGUGUAGAUUUAUAGAAAUAUUUAUUCAUAUUUUUAAAAGCCUUUUAUUGUUCUAUCGCAACAUUGCACUUUAGGAAAAAAAUGUUUCAAAAAAAGUGUCAUAUUGCUUGUAAUCAAAAUGUGGUCCAGGUGUAUUUACUUCUUAAAGAUAUGGGUUAAAGCUGGAUUACUUAUUGAAAAGGGAUCUUUAAAGGAUUUUUUAAGGUGAUUGAAAUAGAUAUUUAAUGAAUAUUCUACAAAUCCUACAGUGUUUUUAAUAUGCAAAGCAUUUGCAUUUUUAGUUUUACAUGGCUAAAGAAAACAAAUGCAAAAACAGGGGAAGAACCUGCUCCAACCUUUAAAGAUGAAUUGUUUUUUUCUUUCCUGCUUAUGUGGUUGGUGCCUGUGAUAUUGCACCGUCGUACAUGAACAGUGCCACUUGGAACCUUCAGUUAAUUUUCCUCUCCAGGGUAAAAAGGAAACCACAAAUAUAUGAAAUUAAGUGUUUUUGCCUUUUUAUGCCACUGUCUUCCUAAGUGAAACUAAUAAGGUUUUGGUCGUGUGGGUGGGUAAUGUGUCUAACUGUUAAACUCCAGUACAUGAAUACUUUGUAUUUGGAAAAGGCCAGUGUUCAGACACCGGGCUGCGUGGGAAGUGCAAGUGAAGUGAAAAAAAAAACCCAAAGUCUCUCACUUGCAGUAAAAAGGUGUAAAUGGAACACGCACAACAGUGAUAUUUAAACUAAUUCUGUCAUAUUAGCAAAAACCCACUUGUUAUGAGGCUUUGGGAAAACUGCAAAAGGACAAUGAAGAACUGUACAACGGUUGAUGGACUGUAAUUUCCAUAAGCAUCCUGUUGACUUUUAGAUUUACAUUUUUAACAACACAAAAACAGAUUUAGAAGCCCACUGAAAGACAGAGACUUCAGCCGAGUACCUCUCAAGACUCAGAAAUUAAAUCAGAUAGAUUGACCUAAUACUGUAGAUAUAGGUACUGGGUGUACCUAAUAAAAUGGUCGUCAGUGUCUUAUAAGGUGGUCCAAGGCUGGUCCAAGGUUGAAUGUGUUGUCCUUCAACAAAGGGGUUUCUUUUUUUAAUACUUUUUUCUUGUUCUCUUUAAACUUUAGAAAGUGAUGUUUUUACCUGGAAAUGAUUUGUCUUUUUCAGAAAUGUGUUGGUUUUCGAAACACUUAGACCAGCUACAACAAUGACAUGUCCAAAGUCACUGAAAUCAUCUUUCACUUUCAUGUUGCAUCAGGCCACCUUGGUCACGUCUACAUAUGCCUCAUCGUCAGCCUAAAUUCUGCCAAGCCACAGGUGAAUCAGAUAAUGUGCUUUCAAAAAAAUAGAUAAGAGAAAGUACGGCAUCCUUUUUAUUACUGGUUAUAAUGGUUGCUGCUUUAUUUGGAAGUUAUACUUUUUAUUUACUGGUAUUUAUGCAUAACAUGUACCGUCACUGUAUCGUGGCACACAAUUGGAGCUCAGCGCCAUAGUAGUACACUCCAUGUACAGUAUUACUACAAACUGUAUCAGCAAAAGUACAACCAUGAAUAAAUAAUUCAUCAUCA